AUGGAUGUCAAGAGUGCAUUUCUGAAUGGUUACUUAAAUGAAGAAUUAUAUGUAGAGCAACCUACAGGGUUCAUAGAUCCUCAUCAUCCAAACUAUGUAUACAUAUUAAGGAAAGCACUGUAUGGAUUGAAGCAAGCUCCCAGAGCUUGGUAUGAGAGGCUUACUGAAUUUCUUGUUAGUCUACAAGUGAAGCAAAUGGAGGAUUCCAUGUUUAUCUCACAGAGCAAAUAUGCCAAGGGCUUGGUCAAGAAGUUUGGUUUAGAGAAGUUAGGUCACAAGAGAACUCCAGCAGCAACUCAUGUUAAAUUAACCAAGGAUGAGCAGGGAGAAGAUGUUGAUCAAUGUCUCUAUAGAAGCAUGAUAGGAAGCCUGUUGUAUCUUACUGCUAGUAGACCUGACAUCACUUUUGUUGUUGGUGUGUGUGCCAGAUACCAAGCUGCUCCUAAAGCAAGUCAUCUACUGCAAAUUGGGCAGUGUUGUGUCACUUUAAUCAUCAUGUCUGAAGCAUCAGGGAAGCACGACUCUGUCAAGGCCAAGGUUGAAAGAACUCCACUUGGUGUGAAAUGCAUGGGCCUCAAGAGUGAUUCAUCAGGUUCUAAGAAGAAGUUUGAGAAGAAGACAACCAAGGUUCCAUCAAGAAAGGUGUAUCAGUCUGAAGCUCGUGACAAGACUACCUCAAAUGCUCCUAUUAUUGAAGAUGUCACAGAUGAAGAAGAACUUUCUGCUGAAAACUCUCCCAUUGGUUCUAAUCAAGAUGCUGUGCCCGAUGUUAGGGCUUCUGUACUUGCAGAUGGUUCAACUCAAGAAAUUUCUGGGAAGGAAUCCAAUGCUCAUGAAGAUUCAGGUGUACCCACUCAUUCUGAUGAAUCUUCUUCUCCUUCGAAAGAUGAUGAACCGGUACAUGUGACCAUUGAUGAUUCUCAGUCCAAGGACUCAAGCCAGGCUCCUGCCUCUAUUCAGAACAUCUCUGGUGAUGACUCUGAUGAUGUUCCGUUAACUACUUCUCUGCCUGAUAGUGUUGCAGCAAGGAUCAAGAGAAAAAGAAGGGUUCCUGAUGUUGAAGAAUCUCCUGCUUCAAAGAAGAAGACCAAGUCCACUCCAACAACUUUCAAGUCCAAGCAAAAAGAUGUCAAGGGAAAAGGUAAGCAACAGCAAGUUAAAUCCAAGAGUGUCAAGAAGAAGACGGUUCCACUUGCUGCUGAGGAAUCUGGGUCAGAUGUUGAGGGGGAUGUCGAGGACAUCUUGCCUUCUGAGAAGAAGAAGUAUGCAGGAAAACGCAUUCCUCAGAAUAUCCCUGUUGUUCCUAUUGACAAUGUGUCCUUUCAUGCUGAAGGUCAUGUUCAGAAGUGGAAGUAUGUGUGUCAACGCAAAGUUUCCAAGGAAAGGGAAGUUGGCUCUGAUGUACUUGAGUGCAAGGACGUGGUUGCACUUAUUGAAAAGGCUGGACUGAUGAAGACCAUUCUCAAGGUGGGAAAGUGUUAUGAAAAACUGGUGAGAGAAUUUCUGGUGAAUUUGUCUGUGGAAGUGGGACUUCCUGAAAGUGCUGAGUUUAGAAAGGUGUUUGUCAGGGCAAAAUGUGUUGAAUUCUCCCCUGCUGUGAUCAACAAAGCACUUGGCAGAAGUGAUGUUGAGUUUGUUGAUGAGGAGUUGUCCUUGGAUGUGAUUGCCAAGGAGAUUACUGCUGGCCAAACCUUGAAGCAUGCUGACACUUGUGCUGUGAAGCUGCCCAUAUCAUUUCCAUCCCUUCUUACAGAGAUUAUUCUUCAACAGCAUCCUCAGAUCAUUAGGGCUGAUGAGGUUCCUUUGCCAAAGGGUGUUCCUAUUACCCUGGAUCAACGAUUGUUUAUGGAGCCACAUGUCAUAGACAUUGUUGUGCCAUUUAGCAGGACUUCUGCCCCUGCUCCUAUGAGUGAAUCUAGCACUCAGGUUAUUAUUGCUGAAUUAAUGGUUGUUUCUAAGGCCCUACAGGAGACUAUUAGGAUCAGCACUGCAAGGAAGCUAAAGGUUGAUGCUUUGCUUCUCAAGCUUCAAGAGGAAGAAGAUCAAGAGGGUGAGCCAAGUGGUGCUGCUGCUGCUCCUCAGGAUGCCAGCACUGAAGAAGAGGGAGAAUCUGAGGAGAAUAUAGAAGACACUGCAGGCGACACCAGUUCUGAUGCUUAG